AUGAGCCACGCCUUACGUAAAGCUACUCAGUCACCAUUCUCAGAUGACAUUGAACGGGCCCCAAUGCCGAAUAGGUUCACUCGACCACCAUUUAAUUCCUAUGAUGGGAAAACAGACUCGGUGGAGCACGUCAGCCAUUACAUCCAAAUGAUGUCUCUGCAUACUCACAAUGAUGCGCUGAUGUGUAAGGUAUUUCCCUCAAGCCUUGGGCCCACAGCAUUGAGAUGGUUUAAUGGGUUACAGAAGGGUUCCAUUCACAGUUUUGCCGAGUUAAUCCAAGAAUUCGGUGUUCGUUAUGCCAACCGGUAUUCGGAGAUUUACAAUAAGAUAGCUGGAAGCAAUGAAAAGAUUACGGCGAGCACCUUUAGGAUGGGGCUCCCCGAGGACUCCAGACUACGGGAAUCACUAACAAAGAAGCCUCCCGAGGGUAUGAGGCAGCUAAUGAGGCGCAUUGAGGAGUACAAAUGUCUUGAAGAUGAUCGGCUAUAG